UGCUGUGACAAACCAGGCAGAGCAGACUCCACUCCCCGGAGACAAGGCACAAAAUAGCACCAUGCCAAACUACAAACUGAUGUAUUUUAAUAUGAGAGGAAGAGCAGAAAUUAUUCGUUACAUAUUUGCUUAUUUGGACAUAAAGUAUGAAGAUCACAGGAUCGAAGAAGCUGACUGGCCUGAAAUCAAAUCAACUCUACCAUUUGGCAAAAUUCCCGUUUUGGAAGUUGAUGGACUUCUGCUUCACCAGAGCCUGGCAAUAGCAAGAUACCUGACCAAAAACACAGAUUUGGCUGGAAAGACAGCAAUGGAACAGUGCCAAGCUGAUGCCCUUGUGGAUACCCUGGAUGAUUUCAUGUCGUGUUUUCCUUGGGCAGAGAAAAAGCAAGAAGUAAAGAAUGAAAUGUUUAACAAGCUGCUCACACGCGAGGCCCCUCACCUUCUGCAAAGCUUGGGGACAUAUUUAGGGGACAAAGAGUGGUUUAUUGGCAACUCUGUGACUUGGGCAGAUUUCUACUGGGACAUCUGCAGCACCACGCUUCUGGUCCUUAAACCUGACUUGCUGGACAGUCACCCCAGCCUGCAGACUUUGCGCAAGAAGGUCCAAGCCAUCCCUGCCAUCGCUGCCUGGAUACAGCAGAGACCUCAGACCAGACUCUAGCAGACACACGAACCUCGGCUUCGCCAGUCACGGCCUCCGCUCCCUCCGGACACCAGCUGGCCAGCUGCCUCCGUGAUCCUCCUCACACCCCCACUCCCUCCACCAGGACUCCCACUGUUGCCAUAUUCUGCAUU